AUGCACGUCCUCGGCCACAGCUUUUCGCAGAAGCGCAAGGACUUAAAACGUCCUCGCGACCUCCACAUUCGCAAAAUCUCCUUCUCAGGGUCAACGCUCUCAGGCUGCUCUCUGUCCUCCGACUCGACUGCCUCAGUCGUGACCGCCAUCAUUCCUCGAUCACAACACUCUGGCAACGCAUAUCAAACAGCACCACCUAGGUUACAUGAGAGGCCCUUCAAACGGACACUCUCGCCACAACAACCCACAUACGACGUUGCUGUCGAGGACAGCGAUGGGGACAGCUUCGACGACGCAGAGGAGGAAGGCGACGACGACGUGGACCUGAACCAGUUCGUCAUGGAGAUGCCACCACACGCGAGCCCAGCAGAGGACGCGUGCUCCACCGACGCAGCACCGGAUGCCGCGACGGACUACUUCUUCUUCCGCCAGCAAGCACAGCGGCCAGCCGUGCAGUCGAGGUGGUCCGAGUCGACCAUCCAGACCGUCCGGACCAUGGAGGGUCUCUCCACGCCCGCCGCCGAGGAGGAGGAGGAUGACGGGAACAGGAUCUCCGUCAUGGACACGCCCAACUUUAGCUACAAGCGCGCCGUCUCAACGCCGGCCGCCAUCCAGCGACCCACUAUGAAGAAGCUCAACACCGUCGAGGACUUUGUCAAGAGGGGUGGCUGGAAACGACGAGGCAUUGUCUUCCGCCAGGAGGAGGUCGAUGCCGAAGCGUCGGUGUGA